UACUACAGCGCUAGUCGCUUUCCACACCUUCAGUCACUCUUUCGACGAGCCGGACCUUCGCUUUCCCUGUACAACAACACAUCCAUCAUCUUCAAAAUGCAGUUCACAACACUCGCCCUUUCCGCUCUCGCGAGCGUAGCAUCCGCCCAGAAGACGUGGUCCGUCGCGGUCGCGCAAAACGGCAGCCUCACCUUCUCGCCCGACAAGCUGGUCGCCCAGCCGGGCGAGUUCGUGCAGUUCCAGUUCCACGCCGGCAACCACACCGUCACCCAGUCGACCUUCGACCAGCCGUGCCAGCCCAUCGGCAUGAGCAGCAACGUCACCGGCUUCCACUCGGGCUUCCUCCCCGCCGCCGCCAGCGCCGAGAUGGGCAUGUUCCCCACCUACACCAUCCAGAUCAACAGCACCGGCCCCCUGUGGCUGUACUGCGCCCAGGGCAAGCACUGCGGCAACGGCAUGGUGAUGGUCAUCAACGAGCCAGCCAACAACCCGGACCGCACCCUCGACAGCUUCAAGACCAUCGCAGCCGCAGCCCAAUCCGUGACCCCUCCGGCCGACGGCGGCGAGUCGGGCGCCGGCGGCCAGACCGGUGGCGGCGCCGACGCUGGUGCUGGUGCUGGUGCUGGCGCUGGUGGCGACUCCACCGACACCACGGGCGGCACCGAUCCCUCGGGCACCGACGACGCCGUCCAGUCGACCAUCUCCCCCGCCGCGGCUGGCAUGCUCACCGUGCCGGGCACGUUCGCCCUUGCGGUUGCCGGUGUGGUCGCGCUUGUCCUCUGAGGGGGGUGAGUGGUGGGAAGUGGUGGUGAUUGGUUGCGGUUGGGUUUGUUUAUAAGCGGGAUUUAAUGUUUUCGGUUUUGGUGGGUUGGUGGUGCCGAUGGGUGACUGCUGGUUCGGAUAUACCUUUGGAUGGAGGCGAUGCUGGGGCGUGUUUGUUCUAUUCUACAUUUUUUUGAUGAUCACUGUACAU